CACUCUCCCUUUCUUUCCCUUUCUCUCUUUUUCAUCUUUCUUUCACUCUCCUUUCCUCUCUCUCUUCCUUCUCUCCUUCGCAUCUCCCUAUUCCGAUCCCUCUUUCUUUCACUCUCUCGCUCUCUCUCUCUCUCUCUCUCUCUCUCUCUCUCUCACACACACACACACAUUACCAUUCUUUCCCUCCCUGUUUCUCUGUCUUUCUGUCUGCUAUCCCUCUCUUGCUCUCUCUCUCUCUAACACAAACACACACUGCUCUUUUUCUCUUUCUCCCUACCCUGCUCUCUCUCAUUCCCCGCUCUCUCCCGUCAUCUCUCUCUUAUCCCUCCUUCUCUCUCUCUCUUUCUCUCUCUGUAUUUCUUUCUCCUUCUCUCUCUCAUUCACAUCUCUCUCUCCACCCUCUCUCUCUUUCUCUUUCUCUCUUCUCUGUCUCUCUCGCUUUCUCUCUCUGUAUCUUUCUUUCCCUUCCUCUGUCAUUUCCAUCUCUCUCUCUCUCUCUCUCUCUCUCUCUCUCUCUCUCUCUCUCUCUCUCUCUGUGAGUGAGUGAGUGUAAGCUCGCUGUUGGAGAGAGAGCGCUGGUGUUACAGGGCGCUGCUGGUGUCAGAUAGAGAGCGCGUGCUGUUAGAGGAGCGGGAGAUGCGCGCGGCGGGAGCGCGUGUGUUGGAGCGCGCGCGGUGUCAGUAGCUGCUCUGCUGAGAGGACCUCGCGCGGCUCCUCCGCUCCUCCGGAAGGAUGAGCUCAUGCAGCAGUAGGGCUCUCACUCUCCUCUCCACGGUGUUCGGCGCGUGCGGGUUGCUGUUGGUGGGGGUUGCCGUGGCAACGGAUUACUGGCUGCUGAUGGAGGAGGGCAUCGUACUGCAGCAAAACCAAACCAUCGACGUCAAGAUGGCACUGCACUCCGGCCUUUGGAGAGUGUGUUUCAUAGCAGGUUCGGAGAAAGGAAGAUGUGUGGCCUCAGAGUAUUUCACUGAGCCAGAGAUAGAGAUCACAACAGAGAACACUGCGAAUAUCCUCAAAAUGGUGCGGACAGCCACACCGUUCCCCAUGGUGUCUUUGCUCUUCGUCUUCACCGCUUUCAUUAUCAGUAAUGUGGGCCACAUCCGCCCUCAGCGCACCAUCCUGGCCUUUGUAUCUGGAAUCUUCUUCAUCCUUUCAGGUCUGAGUCUGGUGGUGGGCCUGGUGCUCUAUAUCUCCAGUAUAAAUGAUGAGGUGAUGAACAGGCCGAGGGAGCCGGAGCAGUUCUUUAACUACCAUUACGGCUGGUCCUUCGCCUUCGCCGCCAGCUCCUUCCUGCUCAAAGAGGGUGCAGGUGUGAUGUCUGUUUAUCUCUUUAUGAAGCGCUAUGCAGAGGAGGAGAUGUACCGCCCUCACCCUGCGCUCUACCGCCCCCGUCUGUCUGACAGCAGCGAUUACAGUGGCCAGUUUCUGCACCCGGACACAUGGCCCCCACCCCAGCGCGCCCGCAGCGCCUCAGAGCUGUCCAGUGACGUCUCCAUACAGCUGGCACAGAAGCCACAGCCCCCACCCAAACCUGGUGUACAGCAGGGGGCGCCACCCGCCAGCCUGACCGCCGUCUCCAGCCCCGCUUCCGCCACGGCGUACCAGCUGCAGUCACCUGGAGCCACAGCAACCUUUACACACAACCACCCGCUGCACCCCGCUGACCCCCAGGGCCUGGCCAUGCCACCCCCUGCCGUGCCACCCCCACACUACCACACGCACAUGCGCAUGAGCGCCUCCCCGUGUUAGACAGAGGCAGUGAAGUGAGUUGCAGCUAGGAAAAAGGGGUAAAGGCUGUGUUCCAAAUUGCCCCUUCAUCACUAUACCCUACAUUACAACAGUGUAUACACACAUAUAUGUAGCUUAGAAUUCUGAUAAACUUAUAAAAUAUGAUUUAUUUUUACCAUCAACAGUUAAACAGACCUUGUUAAGUUAGUUUUACUUGCUGUCAAUGGAAGGGCUGCACAGUCUUUGUGGUCAGAAACUUUAAAUCCAAUUUUUCUGCUUUUUAAGUGCCACAAAAAGUAAUCUCCAUGUGUAUCUAUUACCAUUUGUGCAAUGUUUUUGCUUUAUAAACACCCAAACCCUCUAUACCUAUACCCAUCUAUACCCAAACCCUCUAUACCUAUACCCAUCUAUACCCAAACCCUCUAUACCUAUACCCAUCUAUACCCAAACCCUCUAUACCUAUACCCAUCUAUACCCAAACCAUCUAUACCUAUACCCAUCAUCCAUACCCAAACCCUCUAUACCUAUACCCAUCUAUACCCAAACCCUCUAUACCUAUACCCAUCUAUACUCAAACCCUCUAUACCUAUACCCAUCUAUACCCAAACCCUCUAUACCUAUACCCAUCUAUACCCAAACCCUCUAUACCUAUCAUCCAUACCCAAACCAUCUAUACCUAUACCCAUCAUCCAUACCCAAACCCUCUAUACCUAUACCCAUCUAUACCCAAACCCUCUAUACCUAUACCCAUCUAUACUCAAACACUCUACACCUAUACCCAUCUCCCAUAACCAAAUCAUCUACACCUACACCAAUCACUACCCAAACUCAUCUAUACCUACACCCAUCAUCCAUACCCAAACCAUCUACACCUAUACCCAUCAUCCAUAACCAAAUCAUCUACACCUACACCAAUCACUACCCAAACACAUCUAUACCUACACCCAUCAUCCAUACCCAAACCAUCUAUACCCAUACUCAUUAAAGACUUAUUUAUUCAGUUGAAGUGUCACUGUUUUUGCUAUUUGUGGAUCAAGAUAAGACUAUCAAACAUCUUAUUUGUAUAUUUAACAAAUAUACAAUAUUUCAUAAUCAUCUAGACCAGUAAAAAUCCAACGGCACACCCCCAACCAAAACGGAAGAAAAUAGACUACUUUUAAAACACUGUCACUUGGCAAUGUGCCAAGUAAUGAUCAAGUGAGGAAAUUGCAUAAUUUUCCAUGCCACACCUUACAAUAUCUCACGGCACACUGAUCUAGACCAAUCAAUACACAUGUGCAGUCUCUUCCUGCUAGGUAAUAAAUUACGAGAAUCAGAUCAGUGUUUAUAUUCAUACCUAAUUCUCCUCUGCCAGUUUAGUGCACUUUAUAGUAAAGUGGGCAGUUUGGGACACAGCCUGAAAAAGAGCAGAGAAAGUUGAAGGUGUGUGAUUAAUGAGAGAUUUACUGUUAAGAUCUGAAUGUUAGUCGAGUAGUGAGUGACCUGUAUCACUGUAGGGUGUUACAGGGUGGUAUAGGGUUUAUUGCACAAGUGAUGUACAAUGCAAAAGACUGUACUUAUGGAGCACAAUUUAAUGUAUACUCACACACACACACAUAGUGCACAAAGACUGUAUUGUUGCCUUCAGUUCUGCUGGUGAAACUGAAAUGUAUUCUUUUCCAUCACUCUCUCAAUCAGUGUAUCAGUAUUAGUGUUAAUAUUAAUGAAGUAUUUAAAGUUAAUCUUUACUAGAAACAACGUUCUUUUAUUUCUACAGCAAGCACAAAGUAGAUUCUCUGGACUGGAGAUUUGUAUGAUGUAAAUAUUAUGCUGGUGUAUUUUUAACUCGGAAUUCAUGGAUUAACUGAAAAUGGACUGAGCAUAAAUGAAAAUGACCCAAAAUGGAUUUAAUGGACUUAAUCAAGACCUUUGGGGCCAGUGUGCAGACUCAGAUUGAACCUAAUCCUGUACUAAAUGGUGCAAGUGCAUCUCAAAAAAAUUGGAAUAUCAUUGAAAAGUUACUUUAUUCACAGUUAAUGUGAAACUCAUACAUUAUAUAGAUGUAUUACACACAGAGUGGUCUAUUUUAAGCGUUUAUUUCCUUUACUGUUGAUGAUUAUAUCGUUCAGCUAAUGAAAACCCAAAAAACAGUGUCUCAGAAAAUUAGAAUGUCAUAUAAGACCAAUUGGUACUCUUGGCAGUGUGGGCAGUGUGCCAAGUCCUGCUGGAAAAUUAAAAUUCUCCAUCAUCUCCAUAAAAGUUGUCAGUAGCAGAGGGAAGCAUGAAGUGCUGUAAGAUUUUGCAGGAAAACAAAACUGCACUGACUUUAGACCUGAUAAUAAAACACAGUGGAUCAACACCAGCAGAUGACAUGUCUCUCCAAACCAUCACUGAUUGGUGGAAACUUCACACUAGACCUCAAGCAGUUUGGACUGUGUGUCUCUCCACUCUUCCUCCAGACUCUGCUCCCUCAAUUUUAAAAUGAAAUUUGGAAAAUUUACUGAUGGUCAGUGAUAACUUUUAUGAAGAUGUGGAUUUCAUUUUCCAGCAGGACUUGGCACACUGCCCAAACUGCCAAAGGAACCAAUUCGUCUUAUAUAAUAUUCAAAUUUUCUGAGACACUGAUUUUUGGGUUUUUAGUGGCUGUAAGCCAUAAUAAUCAACAAUAAAAAUAAUAAAACACUUAAAAUAGAUCACUCUGUGUGUAAUACAUCUUUAAUAUAUGGGCUUUAUUACUGAAAUAAAGUAAUUUUUUAAUGAUUUUCUAUUUUUUAAAGAUGCACCUGUACAUUUACUGGGAAAACACCAGUAAGUCCAGGUUAGACUGUGUGUGUUUUCAUAUCCUGGACUUUCCAGAGUUGCAGGAAGCAAUUUCCCGGGCAGCUGAAGCCGGUUAUCCAUGCGUUUAUGAUUUAGAGCGGGUUUCAUCACUUUCUUCCCAAGCUUCUAAGCGCUAGGUCUUAUUUACGGACGCAUGUAGAAUUAGUAUGCUAAUGAAUUAAUAUGCAGUUUAGUUCUGAAAUCUGAAACGAGGCUUUGAGACUGAGAUUAAUGGAGGUGUGUGUGCUGAUGCUGCUGAUGCUGCUGCUGCUGUGACAGAGAGAGUUUACAGUGUAAGAUUUGUGGGAGUGAUUAUCAAUGAAAAUAAAGCCACUGUGCUGAUUCUGCUUUUUCUAUUUAA